UGUGCACGGUAUUGCAUGACUACGAAAGUUAGUGUUGUAUUCUUACGUAUUGACCCUGAAUGACGGCCUAAAGUAAGCACUGUUUCCCUCUAUAUUAGUCAGUGUUAAUGAGAUUAUAGUAAGUUUUCCAUUUAGUCCAGGUUAGAGGUACAUAUACACAGGUGACAACUGACAAGACAAUUUUCUGAAACAACAAACUUAGCUUGGCGACAAGACGGCGCUAGCCCAGCUGGAAGUUGAGUAUCGUCUGGCGCUUAGAAGAUAUCUUUAGUUUAGCAUCAUGGACCAGGACUCGUUUUAUGCCGACGUUAACAUAAUGCCAAAUGAACGUCCUUACGAGCCUUACAAGUUCCUCAAACCCGCACGAGUUCCGAUGAUCAAAGUUGAAUGUGUCUAUGGCUAUCAAGAUUCUAAUGUGAUGAGCCGCUUCGAUGUUCUGUAUAAAACCAACGUUGUAAAUAAUGACUGCGGCGAACCACCAGCGCCAUCUAGAGCAUAUGAUUCGAUACAGAAGGUGCCAUCAAUGAGUGAUUUGUCAGAAGAAUCAACAGAUUUUCCGGUCCAAGUCCCACCCCUAACCCCAAUAACCAAUCAGAAGAUGACCCAAGCUCUAACUGCUAGCUUUAGCAACUGGGAACGAGAAACACAGAAAUUACACAUACCCAAAGACCCUUGUUUGUGGAGUGAAAUUAACGUCUCUCAAUGGCUGGACUGGGCAGUCAGAGAGUUUAGCCUGGAAGGGGUCAAUCCAGCUAAGUUUAAGAUGACUGGCAGUGAGAUGUGCAGUCUUUCCAAGGACGCUUUCCUUACUAGGACGCCUCCGUUCGUGGGUGAUAUCUUAUUGGAGCAUCUGGAUAUGUUGCAGAGAGACGGGGACAAGGAGCGGACCUCUCUAUACGAAUCAGUUUGUGUGCCUGAAUUUGACGAACUUCAACAAAGAACCGGAUUCCAGCAGCCGGAAAAAACAUUUGUGACUGGUAUGAACGGUGUGACGUCACGGCAACCCUACCUAGAGAGUGGAUUCAACCAUGUUUCUGAUUCGUUACACACGUUAAACGAAAUGAACCCUGAAGAGUUUGGGAUGUCUCGUUUUGAAGACAAUCAAGAGUAUGGACUUGAAUCCAAUACCCCAAACACCAGCUAUUUGGAAGGAAGUCCAGAGUUUUACCCAUCUGCUCCAGCACCGUCUAUGUUCCACGAGGUCAAAUAUCAACCAAAUUUCCAAAACAAAAACUUCAACAGAGUUCGGUAUCACCAAGAGAUGGCGCUUCCAGAUAGGUAUAAUACACCCCAACAGUAUGAACCACCAUUUCAAACUGUUCCAGGAUCAUUGGCUAACCCAAGUGACCAAUGGCUCUCCGAAAUGACUGGGCAUCAUUCUCAUCACCCAGGCUUCAAUAGGUUGCCACCACGUGAUUCCCACGCUCAACUUAAUCAUGUCAAUCCUAUGCAGAGUCAACAUCUUAAUCAGACGCCAGAACAGAGCCCCCUGUUGGGAAGUGACAGCAAACCCUUUGUUCAAGCCGCCGCUCUAGCAGGUUACUCCGGAAGUGGACCUAUUCAGUUGUGGCAGUUUCUACUAGAGCUCCUGACGGAUAAAACCUGCCAGAACUUCAUUAGUUGGACUGGAAACGAGUGGGAAUUUAAGUUGACCGAUCCGGACGAAGUUGCUCGUCGCUGGGGCAUCAGGAAAAACAAGCCAAAGAUGAACUACGAAAAGCUCAGUCGAGGCCUAAGAUAUUACUACGACAAGAACAUUAUCCACAAAACAGCUGGGAAGCGAUAUGUCUACAGGUUUGUUUGCGAUCUGCACAGUCUACUCGGUUACUCCCCUGAAGAGCUACACACCAUGGUGGAUUUUAAGCCUCAUAAGAAAGAAGACGAAUAAAUAUUCCCCGCGUGUUGGAUCUGGUGAAGGAUUUUACUGUAGUGACAGGGAUUUAUAUAGAAAAGAUGUUGGACGGAUACUCAAUCAGACUUUGGAAGGCCAGAGCAAAAGUCUAAAUUUGACAAACGAUAUUAGGCUUAACUUUAUGUUGCCCGCUUCCCUUUGUUGACCAGGAUAACUUUAUAUUCCAGCCUUUUUUGAGCACGUAAUAGAAAUUCGGAAGCCAGAAAAGUGUGUGUACAUAUAUUUCACUACAAAUAUAUAUUCAAAGCGUGAAUGGUGGUUGCUGCCUUACAAAAACACAUAAACAAACAUAAAUAUUGUUUCAAACGUCAUGUUUAAAUCGGGAAAGCGAACAUGUAAUACACGUGGUCGUGGGUUACUACAUGUAGUUGAAAGCUGUGUUUUUUUGUUGCUAUGUGCUUCACACUUUUUAUACACACGUGCCUUAUAUACGAAACAUUGUAUUGUAGCAGUUGUCAUUGUAUGUAGUAUUUUACGUAGCUCAUCCAAAUGGAACUCACAGACGUUAAACCCGUUUAAGACCGCGCUUUCAGGCCAAUGUCGAAAACGUAUCAAAGACUGUAAAUUAGGUCCAAAGGUUGAAGGUUUGUUAUGAAAUAUAUAUAUUCUUAAUUUGUAUAACUUUUUAGAAGACAUUUCUUCACAUGAUAUUUACACCCAUGUUAACGUUAUGCUCUCCCUGAAUGUUAACAAUAGUUUCUUUACACCCAGGUUAACGUUAUGCUCUCCCUGAAUGUGCUUUACAUCCAGGUUAACGAUAUGCUCUCCCUGAAUAUUAACAAUAGUUGCUUUACACCCAGGUUAACGUUAUGCUCUCCCUGAAUGUUAACAACAGUUGCUUUAUAACCCAGGUUAACGUUUUCCUGUCACUGAAUGUUAACAAUAGUUUCUUUAUAACCCAUGUUAACGUUAUGCUCUCCCUGAAUGUUAACAAUAGUUUCUUUAUAACCCAUGUUAACAUUCUCCUGUCACUGAAUGUUAACAACAGUUGCUUUACACCCAGGUUAACGAUAUGCUCUCCCUGAAUGUUAACAAUAGUUUUUUUAUAACCAAUGUUAACGUUUUCCUGUCACUGAAUGUUAACAACAGUUUCUCUAUAACCCAUGUUAACGUUUUCCUGUCACUGAAUGUUAACAAUAGUUACUUUCCAUUGGAAGAUGUUUCUGUCUUCAUUUAAAAGAAAUGAACAUUCUAGACGGAUGCCGAGCACAGUUCGUCACUAAUAAGAACGACUUAAUCCGUUAAAAACGCUAACGGUAAACACUACAGCAUAAAUAAGAACGACUUAAUCCGUUAAAAACUAACGGUAAACACUACAGCAUAAAUAAAAACGACUUAAUCCGUUAAAAAACUCUAACGGUAAACACUACAGCAUAAAUAAAAACGACUUAAUCCGUUAAAAAACUCUAACGGUAAUAAAAUAAAAACGACUUAAUCCGUUAAAAAACUCUAACGGUAAUAAAAUAAAAACGAUUUAAUCCACAGCUUUCAGUGUACUUCAUCAUUUUACACAUAUGUUUCACCAUAUCCUUAUGUAGUUACGAAACAGUCUAAUAAAACAAAAAAUGUCAAACUAUUACAGUUCCAUAUUAGUGGCAGAAAUCCCCACUUGUUUGAAAUAGAUCAGGGAAACUCAAAGUCUCUUUAGUUUAUCUGACGAAGUUGCACUGACUCGAUGUUGCAAACACACGUGUUGAUUUAAGGUUUUUAGAAUAGAGACAGUUCUGAGUAGUAUCGUUAAAACACGAUUAUAUUGAUAACUCCGACAUCAAUCUCAGAAUCUUCUUUUCAACAGAUUAUUCAUUUUAACUACGUUUUAUUGGGGAAAUCCUAAGUUAUCCAAUCGAAUUCCAAGCCAAUCACCAUCCGAGAAGCAAUUUAGCCAAUCAAUACUUUCGUUUUAACUACGUUUUAUUGGGAAAAUCCUAAGUUAUCCAAUCGAAUUCCAAGCUAAUCACCAUCCGAGAAACGAUUUAGCCAAUCAAUACUUUCCUUUUAACUACGUUUUAUUGGGAAAAUCCUAAGUUAUCCAAUCGAAUCCAAGCUAAUCACCAUCCGAGAAACGAUUUAGCCAAUCAAUACUUUCCUUUUAACUAAGUUUUAUUGGGAAAAUCCUAAGUUAUCCAAUCGAAUCCAAGCUAAUCACCAUCCGAGAAGCGAUUUAGCCAAUCAAAUCUGAAGUCUGGUCUUAAGUGUUCUUACUUUAGAACUAGGACUAGAACCAAAAAAAAAAA